AUGAAAAGCAUCACACCAUCAGGAAAAGAGCCAUUAAACAACUCGAACUCACAUGUACUAAAUACUCUCAAAUGCCCCAUUGGCACUCUACACUUCCGUCAAUGGGCGUGGUCUCAAGGAAGUCAAGAACUCUCCAGGCAACGACUGCUUCCAAUCAGGAACACGCUUCACCUCCAGGCGAAAUUUUAUAAACCUCUGACCAACUCCCUCAUGUGCCGCAAACUCAAUAACAAAGGGAAAAAAACAGAGGGGCUACGCCUAUACAGAGCUAACUGCCUGAAGGUGGAAUCCCUCUCACACAUCCUACAAGGAUGCCCCUCAACGCAUUGGUUUUGGGUUACCCGACACAACAGACUACUCUCAAUGGUGAGCGACAAAUUCACAUCUUUAGGAUACCAGAUCAUCACCGAACCAAGUAUUAUGAUACAUGGCGAGCUCCGAAAACCUGACCUUCUCCUCAUCAAGAACAACUCAGUCACAGUCUGCGACCUCACUGUCGGCUGGGAAUCUCCAAUCACACUUUAUGAGAGACACAUAGCCAAGGUGGAUUACUAUGGUAUACAGGGUAUUAAACAGUACACCACAGACCAUUGGCCUGCAUACUCGCAACACUUCCAAGCAGUCGCACUUAGCAGCCGUGGUGGUAUCUCUUCUCUGAGCUGCACCUUUCUAAAAGAUACUGGAUGGGACCGAAAGACCUUAGGACUACUAUGUCUUUGCUGCAUGGAGAAAUCUCUCAAUAUCAACUGGGGAUUCUUCGCUUCAAACAAUAGAUUGGGACGAGUGGAGAAUCUAAAACCUCCUUAG